UCCGAUCAUUCUCCGCGGGCUUCUGCGACAACCAUGCCUUGCGGCUCGAUACCUGGUGAGCGCGUUCCGAUCAGUUCCUCUCCGAUCGGCCGCUCAACCAAGAAGGAGGGGGGGGGGGGGGGGGGGGGGGGGGGAGGGUCCGAAGAAGAAGAAGAAGGAGAAAUAGGAGAGAGAAAUGCUGCUACUUGUUCGGGGUCCGGAGGUCCCGCAGUCAUGCACCUUCACGUCCAUAGCUGCCAUAGCUGCCAUAGCUAAAGAAGAAGAAAUGACGAGCAUAACCGGACAGAGGAGAAGGGGGAGGAGGGAACAAGAGGAGGAGGAGGAGGAGGAGAAGGGGGAGGACGGAGAGGAGAAGGGGGAGGAGGAGCAGGAGGAGGAGCAGGAGGAGGAGGAGGAGGAGGAGGAGGAGGAAGGGAGGACAAGAAAGAAACUCACCGGGCACUGCAGCUGCUCACCGUCUGCUAUCUCUCCUCUGCUUGCUAGCGCCCUGCUUCCCUCGUCCUCCUUGCCAUCGCUCGUCUGUGUUCCUUCUGUGUCCCUUCUGUGUGGGAGAGCAGAGAUUCUCGGGGCGUCUUUCUGAUAAUCGGCCUACCGGUAGCUCCGCUAUCCACCAAAUGUGCACAAUGAGAAUGAAUCUUCGGCUAGAAC